CCGACCACAACUCCUUGCCACUACAACAAGCACCACCGUGAAAGCACAGACUCUACACUCUCCAGCCAAAAUACAUGAGGUAAAAUGGCUUUUUAAAUAUUUGAUUGUGUUUGAAAGGCUUUUCCACUUAAAUGUGGGUUUGGUGGGAGCACGUCAGGUGCUGAGUAGUUUCAAUGGCUGCACAAUGGCAGAAUUUCUUUCUAGCAGGAAUGUAGUCAUAAGUGAAUGUGAGAGGAAGUGUGAUUUCUCUACUGUAUUAAUACAUUGCUUUUGUGUAGUAGACACAGCCAAUAUUCAAUUUAAAUUCACUCAGCGUAGAACAAAGGAGAAAUGGUCUACUUAUAUCAUCACAGAACCACAAAAACCGUGUUUCGUGCGAAGCAGACAGCGAUCCUUGGUGGGCUUUGAGGAAAAAGUCAUCAUCGGUCUCGAAAAGCAUUGCACUCUGAAUGGUGGAAAUCUUCACCUAAACGAUGUUCGACUGAGAGGAUGUAGUCUACUAUGUGACGUUCAUUCAUCUACGAGAAAAACUAGGCCCUCUUACACCUGCUUUCUUUCUUUGUGUAAAAAUUCAGUCUCUGGAAAAAAAAAGGCUAAAAUUUGCAAGUUCAGAUAUCAGCUCAAUCGCAACUCGUUCAACAAGUUCAUGGCAUACAAUAUUUGUUUCACAGAACAAUGUAAAGUGGAAUGUCUGAAAAGAACUGUAUCUGGGGGCCCACCAUGCGGCGCUUUGAACUGGAUUCCCCACAUUCAAAGCUGUAUGCUGUUCGAAGUCGGUUACGAUAAACGACUGAUAAUGCCAAGUUCUCAUGGUCAAUUUCUCGUGAACAAAUGUGCAGGUAAUGUAGAACCGAGAUCCAGAUAUUCUUAUUUGAUUGUUCUGCUCGUUCCAUUUUUCACAAACGUUUCUCUAUCAUGA